AUGUCCAACUCCGCCCAGCGAUUCUUCCGUAUCCAACUCGUGCGCUCCGCAAUCGGUCUCCCAGCACGCACGCGAGCCACUCUCCACGCCCUUGGCCUGAAGAAGCGCAUGGCCACAGUCUUCCAGCCCGUGUCGCAGUCCUCCGCAGGUCUCAUCAUGAAAGUGAAGGAGCUUGUCACAGUCGAAGAGGUGGAGCAGCGCCUCACCAAGCAGCAGAUUCACUUGGAACGCAAGCCGGAUCCCGGAUACUAUAUUGAGAAGACCGCUGCUCAGGAGCGGGCUGAGCUGUCAAGGUAG